AUGCAGUCACUUUCGUGCGAUGCACCGCCAAACAGGGCAGCUAAUAACGCGGCGCCGGCGGCGCCGGCGGCUCCGCCUGUCGAAGAUGCAACGGCGAGUUCUAGAAGCGGGGGCGGCACGAUUCUCGGGGCCGUGGCACUCAUUAUAGGCACGUCCGUCGGCGCGGGCGUGCUGGCGCUGCCCGCGGAGACUGCUCCCGCGGUAAGCCUGUUGCGCGGGGCGGGGGGGUUAUCUGGGGGGGAGAGCGGGAUAAGGGGGGAUAUGGUUAAGGAGGGCGCGGGCGUGCUGGCGCUGCCCGCGGAAACUGCUCCUGCGGGUGUUUUCCCCUCAUCGUUCGGUGUUUUCCCCUCGUCGUUCGUGCUGAUAGCCUGCUGGGCCUUCCUGUGUCUCGAGGCCUUGCUGCUGGCGGAAGUCAACGUCGCCCUCAUCAAGGAGCGAUCCGGAGGGGAAGUUUUGGCGUUUGGCACAGGUCUGCCCAACUGGGUGGGUGCAGUGGGGUUCUUUUCGGUGCUGGGUGGUUUAAUCUACAGCGGCAGCACCAGAACAGCGGAUAUAAUUAACCGGGUAUUGACAGCCGGUUUGUUGGGGAUAUUUACCCUGCUGGUCUGUGGAGGAGCAGCAAUCGCGGACUGGGAUGAGCUGGCAGUCGCUGAUUGGUCAGAAAUGCCGACCACUCUCCCCGUAAUCUUCCUCGCGCUGGUCUUCCACGAUUUGAUUCCCGUGAUCUGCACGUAUCUGGACGCGAAUCUGGGAAAGAUUCGGGCAGCAAUCGUGAUCGGGAGCGCCGCUCCCCUAUCCAUGUUUCUAGUAUGGGACACCAUUGCUCUCUCUAUCUCCCCUUCCUCCCUCACUUCUGCCGCUGCUGCCGCCGCUGCUGCUCCUGCCGGUGCCUUUUCCCUCACCUCCCUCUCCUCUGCCAUCUCCUCUCUCUCCUCCUCCCUCUCCCACCUCGCCUCCUCCCUCCCCUCCUCCCUCUCCACCGCCCUCUCCACUCCCUCACUCGCUCCCUCACUCACUCCCUCACUCCCUCACUCGCUCUCCACGCCUUUCCAAGACCCUCUGAACCUCCUCCUGCUGCAAGGCUCGCCCCUCCAAUCCUCCGUCGUUCUCGCCUUCUCUUUCCUCGCCGUCGCAACAUCGUUCCUCGGCACAUCGCUAGCCCUAGCAGAAUUUUUCAUGGAGCAACUGGGAUUUAUAAGUGCAGGUGACAGGAGGAGGGGUGGAGAGCAGCUAGGGCUGAUAAGCGUGGGUGACAAGAGGAGAAACGAGGAGCAACAGGGCCUAAUAGACCUGAAGAACCAGGGGAACCAAGCGCAGGAGCAGCAGGAAUCCGCAGUUACCGCUGCAGAUAUCAUGGAAACCGGAUUAGGGUUCGUGAGGUCGCAUGUGAGGGAGGUGGGGGUCUCUGUAGCCAGUAUGCAAGACCAGGAGCAGCAGGAGGGUGGAACCAACGGUCUGGAUAUCAAGGAGGCCGGAUUAGGGUUUGUGAGGUCGCAUGUGAGGGAGGUUGGGUUUCUUCUGGCCCUCUGCCCGCCUCUGCUGGUGGCUUUGGCAAACCCUGGCGCGUUUGUGGCGGCGAGCAAGGCGGCAGGCGCAUACGGCAUGACAGUGCUGUAUGGGAUCAUGCCUCCGCUGAUGUUCUACGCGCAUCACAAGCAGGAGGUAGUGGUGUGCCACCCAGCAACCAAGGACUGCUCAAAGCACCACGAGCGGCUUGGCUCGAGCCUGGAGGCAGCUUCGCCCUGGCCAGCAUGGGGGCCUGCGCUUUCUCAGACCUUAACCUGGCUGGCUGCAUUCCCUCCUUCCACCUUGUCCCAAGCAGGAGGCGGUAGUGUGCGACCCAGCCACCAAGGACUGCACUCAGCACCACCGGUGGCUCGAACCUGGGGGAAGCUUUGCCCUGGCCAGCAUGGGGGCCUGUGCUUUCUCCGUCAUCGCGGGGCAGGCCCUGCUCGAUUCUUCCCUUGGCACGUCAUUCCUGUCGUCCCGUGGGGAAGGAGCGUCGUUCGUACUCGCUCAGAGCGACUCGGUACUGGAUAG